UUCUUGUUGUCAAUGUUCAGUUAAUACGUGGUGUUUUCCAAUCCAGUGGACAAAAAUGUAUAUGCGUGCGAUCUUAGAAACAGACCUUUAACCUUCCACGCAUAGCGUUGUGAAAGUUAGUCAAAGUGCUGGACCUGUAGAAAGUGCCGCUUCGCGACGUGUUGGAACAAUAAUGAAGCAUAGCGUGUUGAUAACCUUGGCCAUAUUGAUGCAGCUUGCAUCGUUGGCUAUUUGUCAACGUGUAGCACCAGGAGUUAAUCCAAACCAUUAUCAACAACAACAACAAUAUCAGCCGCCCCCUCCGCAGUAUCAGCAACAAGCUCCCCAACAUCAGCAGCCGCAAUAUCACCAACAACCGCCGCAACAACAGCAGCAGCCCCAGUAUCAACAACAGCAAUUUCAACAACAGCAGCAACAUCAGCAGCCCCAUGGCGAACAUGGGCAACAGCAAGUGCUGCAUACUGGAAAUUUACAACAAGAGAAACAGCACAUUGCUGAACAUAUGGAAGUACCAAUCGAUACGAGCAAAAUGAGCGAACAAGAACUACAAUUCCAUUACUUCAAAAUGCACGAUUCGGACAAUAACAACAAGUUGGAUGGUUGUGAACUCAUAAAAUCACUCAUUCAUUGGCACGAGCAAGGCAAGGCACAAGAAAACAGUGGGCAUCCGCAGCACGAAGAAAAGAUUUUCUCAAACGAUGAACUCUCCGCGCUGAUAGAUCCCAUUCUUAACUCAGACGACCAUAAUCAAGAUGGUUUCAUCGACUAUCCGGAGUUUGUUCGAGCUCAGCACAAAGCAGCACAGCAGCAACAAGACCAGCAACAACAGCAACCACACCCUUAGUUUUUUUUUUCAGUGCAACUCAGCUCAAAUCACUGGCUUAGUGGCGUCCGAGAUAGACUGGCAAAAUAAUAACUGAUCUUUUAAAAGCAUAAAUCCUCCUUGCAUUCAAAAGCAGGGUGGCCUGCAAGGCAUAACAAAAAAAAAAUCUAAUGUUAGAAACAAUUCGUUUGAUCUGAUAAAGAAACAAAUAAUUCCUGGGCCGAAUAGUUCAAACAUCCUUGAUCCAUACUGAUAAAACACAGGGCAGUAUUAACUCCCAGAGGACAUUCCGUCAAAGUUUGUUCUAGUAUUACAAUAUUUCGAAUAUAAAUCCUUUCAAAAUUGGCAAAGCUUAGUAUAAAAGACAAGACUAAGAAUUUAGUGGCGUAGCUCGGAGUUUUAUUUCUUGUUUCAUACAUUAAUGCAAAGACUGUAAAAAAUAUACUGAACGCACUUUCAUUCUACAAAAAAAGGAAAACGAUUAAUACGAGACACUAAAACGUAAUGCAUGGCUGCGGUGUAAUGCAAACGCACAACGAUCGCACAAAAACGUUUACUUUUAUUUGUAUUAAAAACGAAUGUUAUGUGCUUA